AGACAUAACGAUAUACUCCCUCCGUCCCAAUUUAUUAAUCCGUUGUUUAAAAAAAAAGGAGGGGAGGAGAUUAGAGAGAGAAGCGAUGAUGAUAGCAAUGUGCUCAGCUUCAAAUGUCAACACUGACCACUUACGCUCUCAACUCGAUCAGCUUCACUCCGAAGCUCACAUUACUCGAAGAAAAGCUAAUAAUGCAAGAUUCAGGCUCCUACGGCUGUCAGAAGCAGCUGAAAACUUAUGCCGGCAAGCAGCUGUAAGUGUACGCAAGGGAAAAGAUGAUGAUGCUAGGGAGCUUCUUUUCCAGAAGAAGAAAAUUAUGUCAGCUUUAGAAAAGUCAAAAGGUCGCGUAGAAUUGCUUGACGAGCUUGCAGCAAAACUUAAUGAGGCAAUAUCUAUCAAAGAAGCGCAAUUAGUCAGAAAUGUAGCAUCGGAUCUUGAUAUUAAUGGGGAUGAUGCUGGAGAUCUUGUACGGAUUGUUUCUCCUACACAAGAUAACGGGACGAUUUUAGAUAAUGAAAGCCACACCACCUUCAACCGAUCUGAAUUUAGUGAAGACCAAGAACUAAGUCUCGAUAUUGAAAGGGAAGGAGAUAUUUCGUCUUAUAGUCAAGCAGAAGAAGUUCCUGGAAGCUUCAGCAGUGAAAAUGAAGCAAACAUGCUUAGUAGCUUCGGAGGUCCAUCAUCUUAUAUUGAUUUUUUGGAGGAUCUUGACCAACAAUUAAACAAUAUUGAAAGUGACUUGGCCUUGGUACUAGUUAAUGAGGAGAUACCCAAUAACACCAAAGUGCAACAGUUGAAAAUUCUUGAAAACAUUCGUAGUGCUAGAGGGAGGAUACGCAAUUAUGUCAAGGAAAUCACGGCGACUAGGUAGAUGCUUGUCUAGGUUUCCAGAGGAGAUGUCCCUCACAAGAGGCCGCUUUUCACAAAUAAUGGAAAGACUGUUAUUGAGAGUGUUUGUUUAUGGGUAACUUGAGGGAGAUCAUAUCCAUGGCUCUACAGCAACUCAAGGACCAGGAGCCAGACAUGUAGCGGUAGUGCAAGUCAUGAUAGGGUUCGAAUCAAAAGUCGAAGUCCAGAAAUGAAUAUCAAAGAAGAAAACAUCAGUCUUGCACUAAGUAGUGUAGAAAGAGCAGGCCACUUCAUGCACCCUAGUGGCUGUUUAGCAGUUCAAAGUUGCAGUGACCAACUUGACUCAGAGAUAAGUGUCGUGUUCACAGGUUUUGCUUCAAUAUAUGAAGCUGUGAACAUACUGCAAUUAUAGUACUAAUUCAUACUGUGAACAUAUCUAUUGAACAUAGCAUGGUUGUAGGGCAGAACUAUGUAUCUACACUUAGCCACUUUGUUUCAUCGUCUUCGUCUGGAUCUUCCUACAAUUUGCUGGACUAAAAAUUUCUAAGCAUUAAUUUACUUCACUCUUUGUAUUAGUUCAGAUUUCUGUUAGCAUCCUUAGUUCAAAUCUUUGUACUUGCACGGUUUCUGUUGUCGUUGAUUGUUCUGAGAGCAACCCAGGUGACAUUAUUGUUUUCAAAGAAUGCAUAUUGAGUCAAAUCAGAGGAUAUUCAUGUUGUAGUUUUUUA